AUCGAUAGAGAUGCGCAAGAAACAACAAUGUCGAUUCUCGAAAAAGAACUUGCAGACUAUCUGUGGGAUGAAAAGCUGAUUAUUAUGGCAGCUGCUUUUGCAGUGAAUUAUGGUGAAUUUUAUCUGCUUACUCAGAUUGACAGUCCAGAUCCUGUUCCCAAGAACAUGGCUUUCCUUAAGCAGCUGCCAGUCAACAAGGAUAUGGGCGGUGCCUUGCAAAAUCUAUCAGGAGCAAUUAAUGUGCUUAUCCAACCCAUAAUGGCUGUAAUCAAAUGUGUUCUCCAGUUCAGUGAUCUAGAUCCUAAGUAUUUUGAAGCUGAAAUACAACCGUCUGCCAUGAAUGAAAUAGCCAGAGCCACCUAUUGGACGAUUUAUAGUGUUGUGACCUGCGGCUCUUAUAUUGCUGCCCUUGGGUUGAGGGAUGAGCACACCAUGGCAAAAAUGGCAUCGCAACUGAGAAUGCUGGCUUCUAAAGUCAGUAGCAUGCAGAAAGGCCUGGAAUUGGAAUUUUCUCAUUGGAAAAGUGAAAUUGAGUUAUACAAGGGGCUUAAUGAUCGUUUCAACAAAUACCAAGACCUUACGACCAUCCUCAUCGACUUGUUUGACGUCGGGCCCGAUGGGAAGCCACCCCUUGUUUUAGGCACUGACGCCAAGAUAGAGGUCCGUAUUAGUUCACUAAAGGACACCAAAGUGUUUCUGCUCAUAUCUGGUCUUGAUGCUUGGGAUGAACAGAUAAAUAGUUUAAAGGCUCUUGCUAAAUUGUACCAAGAACUGCAAGCGAAGGAGCAGAAUCGAUAUCGAAUAGUGUGGCUUCCAAUUGUGGACAAGUUCAACGAACAAAAGUUUUCAAAAUUGCAGUCCCUGAUGCCUUGGUACACUGUCCGAAAUCCGAAAAUCAUCAAAACAUAUUUCAUUAAAUACAUCAGGGAGGUAUGGAAGUUCACAAAUGAGACAAUUCUGGUGCCACUGGAUCAAAAAUCAGGCGCAAAAUUCCCAACCUCUUUUACUCUCUACUCUGUGUGUAUAUCAGGAAAGUUGGCAGAGCUAUUCACUGAGCAUGAAAUUAUACCACCAUGGGAUCAGAGUCUGCAGCGGGCCCUGGAUCUACUUCUCGGAGGAAUUUAUACAGGCCCUUCGCCGAAAAAAGCUUCAAUCAUAUGCCUUUUUGGAGGAGAAGACGUCAAAUGGAUCGGGGACUUCAUCACGGAGAUAAAUGUGGUUAAGGACAACACUCAGAUAAGCAUAGAUUUGGUUUAUGUUGGCAAGAGCAGUGCCAUCGAUCACUCCAAAGCCAUUCUCGAUUCCAGUACUGAAAAGAAGCUCAGUGACUGCUCGAAAGCUGAUGAAAUAGAAAGUUGGCUCUUUUGGACCCGAUUGGAAAGGAUCUUUUGCUCGGGGAUAGGAGAUAGCAAGAAUGCUAAAGAAAACAAUACCAUGAAAGAUGUCAAGACUUUGCUUAGCUUCAAAGGCAGCUACAUGGGAUGGGCUGCAUUUACUCAAUCAGGAUCAUCUAAUAAAAUGGCCAAAGCCGCAGGAGAAGUUGUUCUAGAGGUGUUGUCAAAGAUAAAUGAAUGGUGGAAAGCCGACACGAAUGUUGAUUCUUUUGUGCUAGCACUCAACGAAAAGAUCGAAGAACUACUUAAGGACCAAAAACACCAUUGUUAUCACAUUGUCCUCCCCACCGUUGCAAAGGUCGCAGAUGAGAUGAUGAUAUGCGAAAUUUGUGAUCGUAAAAUGGUCAAGUACCUGAUGUACCGUUGCUGUGAGUAGUGACCGAGCUUGGCUUGUUACGGUGGAGGUGACCGGCCAUCUGGUGUAGUGUUUCGUUGAAAGAAUAAAUAAGUAAUUGAUGCAAGAAUUUUCUUGCAUUAAUUGCAAUUUAGGAUGUUGUGUGUUUAGUGGUUAAUGUCUGCACUAGACAAUUAAUCAAUCUCCAUCUAUGGUAAUUGUGUGUAGCUCUAUACGAGCUAAGUCUGUGUGGUUGUGUAUGUUGUGCGGUAAACCUUGAACUUUUAGUGCAGCAGCUCCCCAGUUUGGUGUGCUUUCAAGGAACUGCAUGCUAUAGUGAAGUUUGAAGGC